AUGAAGGAUGACAUAGCAAACAAUAUGUCCGAAGAAGUGAAGCUUUUCAAGACAUGGUCAACCCCUUAUGGUUUAAGGGUUGUUUGGGCGUUGAAGCUCAAGGGUAUACAAUAUAAGGCAAUAGAUGAAGAUCUAUCCAACAAGAGUGCUUUGCUUCUUCGGUUUAAUCCUGUUCACAAGAAAGUUCCAGUGCUUGUACACAAUGGAAAACCAAUCUCAGAGUCACUUGUCAUUCUUGAAUAUAUAGAUGAGACAUGGAAGCAGAAUCCGAUUUUGCCCGAAGAUCCUUUUGAGAAAGCCAGGGCACGCUUUUGGGGCAAAUUUAACGAUGAAAAGCUUAUACCAUCAAUAUGGGAUGCUUUCUCCAGAGAAGGAAAAGAGCAAGAGGACGCUUUUGUUGCAAUAAUGGAGAACUUGAAAUUUGUAGAAGAAGAGCUGAAGGGAAAGAAAUUCUUUGGUGGAGAGAAGAUAGGACUGGCUGAUCUUGCUUUUGGUAGUCUUGCUAACUUGAUCUAUGUUUUUGAAGAGCUAACUGGCUUGAAAUUAGUUGAUGAGAGAUAUCCAUUGUUAUCGGCCUGGAUGCAAAAGUUUUCAGAACUCCCAAUAAUUAAAGAUAAUUGGCCACCUCAUGACAAGAUGAUCAUCAAGUACCAAGCACUUUAUGAGAAAUACCAUCCUACAAAAUGACCUGUUGUGAGGUUUUCCAUGGAUGUAUGGUUUAGGCAUCAUAAGCUUAGCAAUAACUUGAAACAGUUUCUCUAGACAAUUAACAUAAAUGGGGGAUUUUCCCUGUGAUCUGUCAAGAAACAGAUAUUGUAAUAGUGGAGACAGAUUGCCUUACGAAUUAUACGAGACUUGUUGCUG